CUCAUAAAUACUUGGGCUUCCCUCUCGGGCCUAUCUGGGCUUUUCUUUGAACGGAGAAAAACGACGUCGUUAGGAUGAAUGAUAAACAAAGAUCGCGCACAUAGAAAAACCUUACUUGCUUGUAGUUUGGUCGGUUAAUUUCAUCUAUCAUCGCAUCGAAUUCAGGGUUUUGAUCUGAAACCAGUAUCCGUGAAGAGAGAAGAACGUAAUGGAUUUAUCAGCAGUGAAAACCGCAUUGGAAUCCAAAUCUUACGACAAAAUUGCUGAUAUCUGCGAUAAUCUCAUGCUUCAGGUUGCUGCCGACGGUGUUGCGUUUCACGAUGAAUGGCCCUACUCCGUUCAUCUUCUCGCUCAUUUUUAUGUUCAUGACAUCAACAGUGCUCGUUUUCUAUGGAAAACAAUACCUUCCUCAAUCAAAGAAAGCAACCCUGAAGUCAAUGCUGUGUGGAAAAUUGGUCAACAGCUUUGGUUAAGGAACUAUGGUGGAGUGCAUGAGGCGGUCCGUGGUUUUGAGUGGAGUCCAGAACUCCAAUGCUUCAUUUCUGCUUUCUCAGAACUUUACACAAAGGAGAUUUUUCAGCUUCUUGUAUCUGCUUAUUCUACAAUAAGUGUUGAAGAUGCUGCUUUAUUUCUGGGAAUGAGUGAUGAUGGUGCUACAAGCUAUGUACUACAACAAGGUUGGACCGUGGACAAUGCCUCUCGGAUGCUUACUGUGAAGAAGCAACCUGUUGUGUCAGUGCAGAAACUUGAUCCUUGCAAAUUGCAACAACUGACAGAAUAUGUCUUCCAUCUUGAGCAUUGAAGCUUUUAAUCUUGUGAAGGAAUUAGAUGAAUGUUUUUCUAAAACUCUUCAAUCACGUGAUCCACCUUUUGAAGGUGUAUGAAAGUGCAUAUAUGCUAUUGAUAGUUUUGGAAACAAGGCACAUAACAUUUCCUGUGUUUUAACUUGAGCUCUGGUUAGAUGAAUUUUGCACGGCAUUUCCGUUAGUUAUUGAACAUGCCGUUCUCUUGUAUGAUAGCGAAACGUAAAGAAUUAUGCUGAUUAAACAUGCGUUUGAGAAACCCAGUUACUAUAUAUUCUUAGUAUAGUGAAUAUUUUUUUAUGGUAUUA